GCUGGUGGUGGUCCAGUCGGUGGAGCAGUUGGUGGCACACCAGGUGCCGGCGUGGCUAUAAAACCUCCAACUCCGGGCAGGGGCGUUGGAGGAUUUGGCGGUGGCGGAGGCUUCGGCGAAGGAGUACCUCCGAAACCAGUCCCCAAGAUGGCUGGCACACACGAUCCGAAUUAUCAAACAUUGGCUGGUAUGAAUAAUGAAGAUGUCUUCAAACCGAAGGAAUUCGGUGCUACGAAACCACCUGCAGUAGCUCCACCUAACCCGGGAGGGCCGAAGGUGGUGGGAACUUUCGAUCCCAACUAUCAGACCCUUGCUGGCCUCAAUAACGAGGACGUAUUUAAGCCAAAGGCUUGUAACUACAAAUCGCUUCGAAAGAUUUCAGCGUUAAAAUUGAAAUUAAUAAGUGGACUUCAGGCUGCCUGUGCCCCAGCAGGAGAUGGAGUGCGAAAGUGGGAAACGUAUUAA